CACGCACACACGCGCGCGCUGUAACCGAGGGACAGCAGAGAGCAUCACAAUCACAGUACCGCAUCUCUGUCCACACAGCAUCUUAAAUCAUGUAGACUCCAAAGCAGGACUCACUGGUCGUCCUUUACCGGAUCGUUAGAUCCGUUUCUCAGUCACAGUGUCCCGGUGAGGAGGCGUCAGGAUGGCCGGGGGUCGCCGAGGGCUCGUGGCUCCUCAGAAUACUUUCCUAGAGAAUAUCGUCAGGAGGUCUAACGACACCAAUUUUGUUUUGGGGAACGCCCAGAUUGUGGAUUGGCCCAUUGUCUACAGUAACGGUGGAUUCUGCAAGCUCUCAGGGUACCAUCGAGCUGAAGUCAUGCAGAAGAGCAGCACUUGCAGUUUCAUGUAUGGAGAACUCACAGACAAGGAGACAUCUGAGAAAGUGCGGCAGACUUUCGAGAACUAUGAAAUGAACUCCUUUGAAAUUCUCAUGUACAAGAAGAACCGAAUGCCUGUGUGGAUCUUUGUUAAGAUCGCCCCUAUCCGCAAUGAGCAGGACAAAGUUGUGCUUUUCCUAUGCACGUUUAAUGACAUCACUGCGUUUAAGCAGCCCAUCGAAGACGAUUCAUCGAAAGGAUGGGCUAAGUUUGCCCGUCUCACUCGAGCUUUGACAAGCAGCCGUGGCGUCCUUCAGCAGCUGGCUCCUACUGUUCAUAAAGGAGAGAAUGUCCACAAGCACUCUCGUCUGGCUGAGGUAUUACAGUUGGGAUCAGACAUCCUCCCCCAAUACAAACAAGAGACACCCAAGACGCCACCCCAUAUUAUCCUACAUUACUGCACCUUCAAGACCACCUGGGACUGGGUGAUCCUCAUCCUCACCUUCUACACAGCCAUCAUGGUUCCCUACAACGUCUCCUUCAAGACCAAACAGAACAACGUCACUUGGCUGGUGGUCGACAGCAUUGUGGAUGUCAUCUUCCUCGUGGACAUUGUGCUGAAUUUCCACACAACUUUUGUGGGGCCAGCUGGGGAGGUGAUAUCUGACCCGAAACUUAUCCGCAUGAACUACGUGAAGACCUGGUUUGUGAUCGACCUGCUUUCCUGCCUACCCUAUGAUGUCAUCAAUGCUUUUGAGAAUGUAGAUGAGGGCAUCAGUAGUCUCUUCAGCUCUUUGAAGGUGGUGAGACUCCUGCGUUUAGGCCGUGUGGCCCGCAAGCUGGACCACUACAUCGAGUAUGGUGCGGCAGUGCUGGUGCUGCUGGUGUGCGUGUUUGGCCUGGCCGCCCAUUGGCUGGCUUGCAUCUGGUACAGCAUUGGCGACUAUGAGGUCAUUGACGAGGAGGCCAAUGUGGUGCGCACUGACAGCUGGCUGUAUAUGCUAGGCGAGGCAGUGGGCACGCCAUACCGUUUCAACACCAGUGGUACAGGCAAGUGGGAGGGUGGCCCCAGCAAGGACUCAGUCUACAUCACCUCACUGUACUUCACCAUGACCAGCCUGACCAGCAUUGGAUUUGGCAACAUUGCCCCCACUACAGACGGCGAGAAGAUCUUUGCUGUGGCCAUGAUGAUGAUCGGAUCCCUUUUGUAUGCUACCAUCUUUGGAAAUGUGACCACUAUCUUCCAGCAGAUGUACGCUAAUACUAACCGUUACCAUGAGAUGUUGAACAGUGUGAGAGAUUUCCUGAAGCUCUACCAGGUCCCUAAGGGGCUUAGUGAGAGAGUCAUGGACUACAUUGUCUCCACUUGGUCCAUGUCCAGGGGAAUCGACACUGACAAGGUGUUGCAGAUCUGCCCAAAGGAUAUGCGAGCGGAUAUCUGUGUCCAUCUCAACAGGAAGGUGUUCAAAGAGCAUCCUGCUUUCCGCUUGGCUAGCGAUGGGUGUUUGAGGGCUCUUGCCAUGGAGUUUCAGACCAUUCAUUGUGCUCCAGGGGACCUCAUCUACCAUGCAGGUGAAAGCGUGGACAGUCUCUGCUUUGUGGUGUCGGGAUCCUUGGAGGUCAUUCAAGAUGAUGAAGUGGUUGCCAUAUUGGGAAAGGGUGAUGUGUUUGGAGAUGUGUUUUGGAAGGAAUCAAACUUAGCGCAGGCCUGCGCCAACGUCCGUGCACUAACCUACUGUGAUCUUCAUAUCAUCAAACGUGAUGCCUUACAAAAAGUCCUGGAGUUCUACACAGCCUUCUCCAAUCACUUCUCACGUAACCUGGUGCUCACCUACAAUCUGAGGAAGAGGAUAGUCUUCCGCAAGAUCAGUGAUGUAAAGCGUGAGGAAGAGGAGAUGCGGAAAAGGAAGGAUGAAGCCCCUCUCAACCUUCCACCAGAUCAUCCUGUGCGGCGUCUUUUCCAGCGUUUCCGUCAACAGAAGGAGGCACGGAUGGCAGCAGAGCGAGCUGAUCAGGGUGAAUUGGACUUAGAGAAAGGUUCUGUUCUGAUGGAGAAAACUAUGGUCCAUGAAACCAAUGCUACAACCAGUAUCGUCACGGUGACAGAGAGCCCUGCCACACCUGACGUCCCUUCCCCCUCAGAUUCUUCAGAUCCUGCUCAAAGGACCCAAAACCGAGCUAAACUUCACGCUUCUGUAGUUCACGGUGUCAACCAAACAGGAAGUAAAUCCACUGAACCUACCAAAGCCAAAGCUUGGGGUAGAUUUAAGGAAGCCACAGGGAAGGCAGAUCUUUCCUGGAGUGCCGUUUCCAAAGCUGAGUCCAUGGAGACCCUUCCAGACAGGACUAAACUGCAAGAAGAGCUGUCACUAAAGAAGACAGACUCGUGCGACAGCGGCAUCACAAAGAGCGAUCUGCGACUGGAUGUCGGUGAAGGAAGCGCCCGAACCCCUCAGGAACGGAGCCCCAUGCAUGCUGAGGGGAGGCGAGCUUUCUAUCCCAUUCCUGAACACAACCUGCAGGCCUCUUUGCUAGAGCUAAAGCAGGACCUGAGAGCCGACAUCCACUACAUGAGCAACCGCAUGGCAGUCCUGGAGGCACAACUAGCAGAGAUGCUGCAACUUCUCAAAGAAAGGAAGACUUCAGGAUGCUCACACCUGUACGAAAUAUCACGACCUGGGACUCCAGAUUCAGACAAGGAAAACGACAUGUUCUCGUAAACAGCCGUUAUGUGAAUAAGGUGUGAUGGUCACAGACACUUUAUCUGUGCAUUUAGAGAUACUGUAUGAUCCAUGGGGUGAGUGCUGAAAUGGUUCAAUUUUAGCAUUUCACUAGAGGUUUUCUUCAUAGUGGAUGUAUGGAAGGCCAUGCUAACUAUUUACUGAGAUGUGGCCUUCAUUUGUGGGUCUACAAGACUAUUCAUCCAUACAUUGUAAAACAACUGUUAACCUUUGGUUACAAUAUGAAUUUUUUUUUCUGCUUUAAAAAACUUUUAAGGAUGAUGCAAGAUAUCAUUAAUUCCAUCGUCUCUGUUUUUCAGCUUCAUGCAUUUCUCUGUCAGUUGGACCUACUCGGUUAAAAAGGCAAUAUUAAUAAUUAAGAAUAAUAAAAUAUAUAUAUUUUCACAUGUAUUACACUCAGCAGGUAAACGAUGUAGCAGUGAAAAGAAUUUCUCAGUUACAGAAAUGAAUGUCAUUCAUUGUCAAAUGGUUAAUGCAUGGCAGAUUUUCUUUAAUAGAAAGCAACAAAACAACAUGAUUUCAGGGUAUGUAGCUGGUACCGUCUUGUGACCUGUCAAUCCUCCAAAACUAAGACAUACAGUACAAAUGUGGUUUCUUUAGAUUUUUGUUUGUAUGACAACAUAUAAACAAAAAGGAGUAGCAUCAUAUAUUGAUCAAAAGUUCCAAAAUGUUGAAAAUUUUUUACAACACACAUUUAAUAGGCCCAUCUAAAAAUAUAAUUGAAUGUGUUUUCAUCAUUGUAAACAUAACAAAUAUCUGAGAUGCACUAAUAAAGAAAUUAUUAAAUUGAAUUGAUUAAUGAAAAUAACUAAUAAGGCGUAUAAGCAAUAUGGUGAUUAUAUUCUUGCUAAUAAGCAUGCUCUGGUGGUAACAGAAAUGAAACUAUGCAUGGAUGAGGCUUAGCUUAGUCACAAUAAAUACGCAUGUGAUUUGUAAUUAUGCACUCAAGUCUUUUUUAACAUGCUAACACAUUCAUCCUGCUUUCUGUUACCCCCUUGCUUGACCUCCCCCUACCCUCAACGACACCCUCCCACAAACUUUCAGGGCGCCUGUGUGUUUUUUACAGUAUAUCUUUUUUGUUUGUUUUCAUGUAACUUUGCAAAGGCUUUUUUUCUGUUAUCAAAAUCAGUUAUACUGUAUUUGUAUAUGGAUUGCUAGUGCUUUUGAAAAAUUGCUAAUUUUGCACUUAAAGUCUAUCUAAAGCAGUUUUAUAUAAUAAUUAAUAUGAACACAAGAUGAUCAAGUGUAUUUAUCAGUGUGUGGAUUUUUUUAAGUGCUAUGGAUUGAGGUACCUUUUGAAUUGUUCGUUUUAAAUGUAUCAUUUGCCAGAAUAUGUGGCUCACUGCAAAGCACACCACAGUGUUCUUGGUUCUAUCAUCCUAGCCCUGCGUUCCAAUACAACGCUUAAUAUCCCUUUACAGUACAUGAAAGAUGAUGUAGCAGCUUCCAACAGGACAAUUUGGAAGCAAGAAAGCGAUUAAAAUACAGUAAAUGUCAGGACUCCCUUUUUUUUGGAUAAGAAUUCCAUGAUAGGGUGAAAAGCAAUCGCACCAAUGGGAAAAAAUCCAUUAAAUACAAUAUUGCUUUUUAAUAGAAAAGCAAAACCCUUGGCACAUUUCUCCUGAAUCACAUGAUAUCGUGAAUGAAAUCGCCAUCAGCAAGGGAAGAUGCUUUUACUCAAUCACAUUGGUGAAAAUAUAUUUAUAGUAAACACACAACACUGCUGCUUUAUGUUGGCCUACAUGCAGAAAACGUUACAUACUAAAAAACAACACCUGCACUACAUUGUUCUCAUGUCACUUGACUUCGCAUUAAUUGAAUGCAACUCCUUGUUGCGUCACAUUUUUUCCAUCAGUGUAUGGAAGUGGUGCUGCACUGAAAUGCAGUCAUUUAUGAUAUGCAGGCAUGAGCAUGAUAUGAGCAGGACAAUGAAAUGCAUUUCUUCCAACUAUGUAUAGAAAGUUAUAUUAACUAAUUAACUUGCUAAAUUAGCUGGCAAAGUAAUGCAAUGUGAGGUAUCAGGUGGAAACCAUGAAAAACACAACAUCAAUGUUAACUAAAUUAAAUAUUAUACAACCAUUAACACUCAUGCAUUUUUUAAUCAUUUAAGGCCAAAUUUAUUAAGAGAUACAUAUUAUAGCCAAACACUAAGUUUAGUAGGUGUGCUGAGUGACCAAGACCGUAACUGUAAAUGACCACAAACUCACCUUGCCAUAUUAACACGUGUCUGCUGCAUUCUAAACUCUUUUUAGCAUGUUUUUUUUUUUCUUUUUGUUAGAGAAUAAACAUUCAUUCAUUCAUUCAUUUUCUACCGCUUAUCUCCGAACUACCUCGGGUCACGGGGAGCCUGUGCCUAUCUCAGGCGUCAUUGGGCAUCAAGGCAGAAUACACCCUGGACGGAGUGCCAACCCAUCGCAGGGCACACACACACACUCAUUCACUCACGCAAUCACACACUAGGGACAAUUUUUCCAGAGAUGCCAAUCAACCUACCAUGCAUGUCUUUGGACCGGGGGAGGAAACCGGAGUACCUGGAGGAAACCCCCGAGGCACAGGGAGAACAUGCAAACUCCACACACACAAGGUGGAGGCGGGAAUCGAACCCCGACCCUGGAGGUGUGAGGCGAACGUGCUAACCACUAAGCCACCAUGCCCCCCCGAGAAUAAACAUAUAAAUCUAAUAUAUUUAUCACAGCAUUUGUUAUUAGGAUUUUAGGUCUGAGCAAGCUGAACAUCUGGAAAAAAAAUAAGAGGAGUUGUAAAACCAUUUAUGAACUGUGCAGCAGUGGAAACUUCAUGUCUGAUUACAUGAAUCUCAGCUGCAGUACACUGGAUCGGUCCUGAAAGCAAGAAAGGGAACCGUGCCCAAGAGCACCGUUUGUUUUAGGGCUCCAAAUUGGAUUGGGCUUUCUCCAAUAAAUGUAUAAUAAUGUGACCUGGCAGACAAUAUCUUCACUACAGGCUUUUACUGAUCAUUGUCAGUUACUCUCUGUUAGGAAAUAACAGCAGCUUUUGAUAGGCGUUAAAUAGUGUGUUCAGUCAAAAUGUCAUUAUUCGAUCCUGUUAAAAAAACUUGCUAAAAGAGGUUUGUUACAAUAUAAAUUUCUACUCAGAGAUUCCUGUAAAUGUACAUGCAAUGAGGCAAAAGUACAUAACAGUAUAUAAAAAUUGAACACAGCUUGCAACAGUGCAAAACGUUAGUUGUUAUACUGUUACAGUCCAAUAAAACUCUGUCCUUAAUGUUUUUGUCAUUUUAAAACGGAUUGCAUCAUUCAGUCUUUUCAAGAAGUCUACAGCUAUCUAAAGUUUUACUGAAGCUGCCAAGACAUCAUAAAGUAUUUAAACAGCCUUUAAUGGAGAUGGAAAUGGAGGAGGAAGCCUGCACGGGAGUGUUAAGUAGUGCUGGAACGUAGGGCUCGUCACAUGACUGUUUACAUGAUCGUCAGUGGGGUAAAUUGCAGAACCGUGCUGUACGUACACUCUUCGAGCUCGUAGGCUUGUCCUGGUGACUAAACCUUUUCUUUUCAGUGAGACUUCAAACAGAAUCUAGGGGCAUUAAGUAUCCAAAGAACCCUCAGUGAACAAUGUUAAGACUGCUAUUGAGAUCCACUGUUUGAAAAAGCAGUGAUUAAGAAUGUGAAAAGUCAAUAUGUAUUAGUUUGAUGAAAGAAAUCUUGAAAAAUAUUUUAAUAUAUCGGUAUGUUUCAGGAAAUGUUUGUAGCAAAGAGUAAAAUAUCCAUUUGUAUUUUUCACAGCAGAAUUAUUAAACUGUAAAUUUACAGUGUUGUAGUCAUUAUAGACUGUAAAUGGAUCUAGGAAAUAUGCCAGAUUGUCAGAUAAUGAGCCCAAAGACAGCUGAGUUGCACUUUGGUGUGUUUUCCAAAUGCAUUUUAUGAGUUGCCAUUUCACCAAACGAAACUGAAGCAUCAUCUUAUGUAUAAACGAAUACAGCACAUACAUUUUACAGUUUCAAGAGCAUUUUUACAGAGAAAUGGAAAAGGAAUGAUAUUUUUCUCUUGCUGCUUAAUCACUGCUUCAUUCAGCAAACUCUUUAUUCAGAGAUAUAAAUAAAGAGCUGACUUAUCUUGAGUUCUUGCGUCUCAUUUUGUCAUUCUCACAUAAUCCUUUUGUAAAAAAAAAAAAAAUGUCUAUAACCUGUCUAUAAAUGUAUAAACCAAAAGCACAAGGAUGCAAAUUGUUCAUGCAAAAUGUAAAAUGCUCAAAUGAACGAUUUUGUAUUUUGGAAUUAUCUGAAUAUUUGUUCAUUAAAGGAGUAACAUAUCAA